UUACCAUGCGUCAUGACGUCACGCGGAAGUAAUUCAACCAAGAUGGCAGCGUCCUUGACACAGGCAUGUUUUGGUUACAGUCGAGUGUCAAACAUCCUCAACAGUUGCAAAUGUACGGGCUGCACAACUGACAAGAGAAGGUUUUGAGAGCGGAGCAUGGAGAGACGAGAGUUUGUCGCGUCUCUGGUGGCAGGGGGCAGUGCAGGGAUGUGUGUGGAUCUGACCCUCUUUCCCCUGGACACCAUUAAGACAAGACUGCAGAGUCAGCAGGGCUUCUACAAGGCAGGGGGCUUCAGGGGCAUCUAUGCUGGAGUCCCGUCUGCUGCUGUCGGCUCCUUCCCAAAUGCCGCUGCUUUCUUUGUCACCUAUGAAUGCACAAAGUCCCUGCUCGGUGCUGGUGAAGUGCUAGCAGCACCACACGUGGCACCUGUCACUCACAUGCUGGCCGCCUCCCUGGGAGAAAUAGUGGCAUGUCUAAUCCGGGUGCCCACAGAGGUGGUCAAACAGAGGACCCAGGCUUCACCCUCAUCCACCACCUACCAAAUGCUGCUGGCUACACUCAGAGAAGAGGGUGUCCGGGGCUUGUACAGAGGAUACAGGAGUACGGUUCUCAGAGAGAUCCCGUUCUCGCUGGUGCAGUUUCCACUUUGGGAAUAUUUAAAGACUCUGUGGUCAUGGAGGCAAGGUCACACGCUCUACUCUUGGCAGGCUGCAGUGUGCGGAGCUUUUGCAGGUGCAGUAGCUGCAUUUGUUACCACUCCUCUUGACGUGGCGAAGACCAGAAUCAUGCUUGCAAAGGCCGGGUCCACCACAGCGAACGGCAAUAUCCCGCUGGUGCUCUAUGAUGUGUGGAAGAGCCGAGGCCUUUCAGGUCUGUUUGCGGGCAGCAUACCAAGGAUAACCUUCAUCAGUGUGGGUGGUUUCAUCUUCCUGGGAGCCUACGAGAAGGUCCGCCGCUCUUUGCUGUAGCAGCUCGUCCUCUGUGACUGUCCUGUGUCCUGAGCCCUGGUGGAUUAGCAGCGGGGGAAGCAUCUCUGGAAGUAGCACCCUCGUCCCUUGGAGGCCCCCUGCGCCUCCAUGCUGCUGGGCCCCGAGAAGCAAGGAACACCUCUUGCCAGUCCACUGGCCUGAUCGCAUUGCCUGGGGUGCUGCAUUCCUGCUCAUCAGUGCCCAGAGCUUCUUUAACAGCACCAGCAGUUUGGUGAAGUGGAGCCACACCCUGUCACACAAAGCUAGCAAUGAAGCAUCUUUACUUUUCAACAGUCUUGUAUAAAGUACUUGAAAGCAGUGUGUGUGUGUGUGUGUGUGUGUGUGUGUGUGAGAGAAUCAAUGAGUUAUGGUAUUAAAGACUGACCUCUUGGAGUUGAGGUUUGGUCAUUUGUUCCCCUGUAGGCUGUCCUGUAAAGCUCCCUCUACGUGGUUUCAUGAUCAUUUUAGUGUUUUUUCCAUAUUUUUCUCUCUGCUAAGCCAGGCCACCUGUGUUAAAGACCCACCAGGGGAGAUACUCAGUAAUAUCUCACCAUUGUUACAUUCCCGCUGGAGCACAACUGAGCUCAUCCACCUGCAAGAGCUUUAAUAUUAUACUUAAGAUGCCUACAAUAGUAGAGCACUUUGUUAAUUUAACAAGGCUUUAGUUUUAUUAGGAGCCUCAAGUGUCCUGCACCAGCUUUUGUGUUUCAGUUUGGGCUAUGUAUCAUGUGUUUAUUGUGAAAUAUAUUUUUAUUAGGUUUUUAGCUUGAUUGGAUGGUUUGACAUGGGCGCUGUUGUCGAAGAGUCUGUAAGAAGUGACUUCUUAAUCUCAAGCCUGUGAAAGUGCAGGUUUAUCAAAGUUAGCUUGACAAAAAAAAAAAAAAAAAAAACUUUUGGUAUUCAACGGAGCAAUGGUGUUAUAAAGAGCUUUAUUACACGACUUUGUUGAAUACUCGAUUCUGAUUGGUCAAUUAGGGCAUUCUACGAUCUGUUAUUCAUUCAUAGCAGCGGCGUGCUAUGGACGCAGUUCUUAUCACAGACUGGAGGACCGUUUUUAAAUCAAAAAACAUUUUUAAUCAAGA